UGCCAGUUUUUCCAGCCCGGCCGCGGCGGCGCCGGGAAGGAGAAGAGCCGGAGGCUGCGAGAGCAGAGGAGAGGACUGCAGGGCAAGGCAGCUGUGGCAAACUUUCUAGCUGCUUCUGCGUGCCGCUGCCUCAGCGGUGGGAGUGUCCGUCCCUGGCCAUAAGGAACUGCAAAGUCCAAAUGUUAGAGCCCUGAGGCUCUGGGAAGACUUGCCAGCUGCCUUCCGAGGAGGAACUGCCCGCAGUGCAAGUGCCUGCCUGCACAGCUGAGCAGAUGAUACAGCUCUAGAGGGAAGAAAGACUUGUCUCCAAGGUUUGCUUUACGGUAUCUGAGUAGCGAAAACACAAUGAACACUUUUUAAGGAUUUUACCAGAAAUCAAAAAUCAUCUAGGAACAAGUACAUUGGACUUCAAGGAGUAAGCAUUAAGGAGUCUGGGUACUGCUAACUAGUAAACCUGGUUUGGCCGAACAGCUUAGGAAUGAAUACCAUUGAGACAGCAAAGCUUGAAGAGCAUAUGGAGGGCCAAAACAAUGACACUUCUAAUGGCUACGUACGACCUACUCUCUCUGUUAGUGAAGAGAACAAAAAUGGCAGUAGCAAACCAAAGGGUUUGUCCAAUGGCCUGCGAAAAAGUACAAAGAAGUAUCCUGACUACAUCCAGAUUGCUAUGCCUGCUGAAACUCGAAACAAAUUUCCUUUGGAAUGGUGGAAGACAGGCAUUGCCUUUGUCUAUGCUCUCUUCAACUUGAUUCUAACAACUGUCAUGAUCACUGUGGUCCAUGAGAGAGUACCUCCAAAGGAGCUUAGCCCUCCCUUGCCUGAUAAAUUUUUUGAUUAUAUUGAUCGUGUGAAUUGGGCUUUUUCUGUAUCAGAAAUAAAUGGAAUGAUACUAGUUGGAUUAUGGAUAUUCCAGUGGCUGUUUCUUAGAUAUAAAUCAAUAGUGGGACGCAGGUUCUUUUUCAUAAUAGGAACUUUGUACCUGUACCGCUGUAUUACCAUGUAUGUUACCACCUUACCUGUGCCUGGAAUGCAUUUUCAGUGUGCGCCAAAGUUGAAUGGAGAUUCUCAGGCAAAGGUGCAGAGGAUCCUGCGACUGAUUUCUGGUGGUGGUCUAUCCAUAACUGGAUCACACAUAUUGUGUGGAGACUUCCUAUUUAGUGGUCACACUGUUGUACUAACACUCAGCUACCUAUUCAUCAAAGAGUAUUCACCACGUCAUUUCUGGUGGUAUCACUUAAUCUGUUGGCUGAUGAGUGCUGCUGGUAUAAUUUGCAUCCUUGUUGCUCAUGAACACUACACUGUAGAUGUCGUCAUUGCUUACUUUAUUACCACACGGCUCUUCUGGUGGUACCACUCAAUGGCUAAUGAAAAGACUUUAAAGGUCUCUUCGCAGACAAACUUUCUCUCUCGAGCAUGGUGGUAUCCAAUAUUUUAUUUCUUUGAGAAGAACGUGCAAGGCUCUGUUCCUUGCAGCUUCUCCUGGCCGAUAUCUUGGCCUCCCAGCUGCUUCAAAUCUUCAUGCAAAAAGUAUUCACGGGUUCAGAAGACAGGAGAGGACAAUGAAAAAUCUACCUGAAGAGAAGAAAAGCAUCUGCAAGCAUCUGCUCUAUUUUUUACCAAAACUAAUGCUGUAACCAAAGUUCUCAAGAGGACUACACUGUAACUGAAGAAGUGGACCAAACUUCCGUGCAAUUGAUUGGAAAGGCAAUUGUAGACAAAUAUAUUGCCGUUUCAUAUGUUUUCCUAUUCACCACACUAUACAGGCCUAUUCUGCUCUUCAGUGCUAAUAGAUUGCACCACUGAUGGGAUUUUUCCUUAAGGAAAAAAUGGAGCAGGACUUUGCUUUACAAAUGAGAUAGAGGUGCCAAAGAACACAACACUUCCAUUACUAACUGUCACUCAUCCACAAAAGCACCCUAAAAUCUCAUCUUCAGGGUUCUGGAGUAUAAGGGCAAAAAUAUGUUAAUUAAAAAGGCACAAUAUCUGUGUAUUGAGAUAAACAGAAAAUAACACAAUGGUGGGAAACGUUUUGUUGCAUUAUUCUUGCUAAUGAAGGUAAGACCUUGCAUGACUGGUACAGCUGGAAGUGAGUCUUGACUUUUUUUUUACACUUUAUGGGAAUGAAUAUCUUAUGACCCUAAAAUACUACCACCACCACCAAAUCCCAUGUAUUCUAUUAUAUACCAAUUUUUACAUUUUUAUUAAAUUUUAUAUUUAAAUUGUUGUGCUACCUGGUGAAUUUGCAAAUUAGGAAUAGCUGCUAACAUGAGAGCUCAAGGAGCCUAAAAUUUUAUUUUUAAAAAGGAUACAGUUUCAAAGUCUAAAUCUUUAAUUGCAGUUUGGGCUUGUGUAUAGCUAUACAGUGCCUAUCAGUGUAUGUGUAUGUAUGCACAAAAAUGCAUACACUGCUGUGUAGUUAAGCACAUUAAACAGAACUAAACUGAGAAGUGUUCAGACUGUGCUUAAUUCAGGCAGAAGUCCUGUAGAUCUCACCUGCUUGAGGAAUGCAAGGCCAGGUCCUAAGUGGGGCUUUUUUCUUUUUUAACUUCAGUAGUGCUCUCCUGCUGAAACUAUGUUUAAAGUGUGAUUGGGAUUCAUAGUUCUGCAUUUUUAACCUCUUGGCACACACUUCUGUGAUUCAUUUAAAAACAAAGUGACAAGUGAAUACAUACAACAGAAGCAUUUCUUUAAUUAUCACCUGAAACAAUUUCAUAUAAAAUGACACUGAUUUAACUCGCGUGCAACUUCCUUUUUCCCAGGGUUUUAGUCCAACUAGAAUGGCUAUAUAAGCAUAUUGGUUGAGAAUGUAGAAAGUUACCAUAGUGUAAACAUGUAACAAAAAUGCAGAUUAACAGCUACCUAGUUGUUGGGUUUUUAUUGUUUUGUAUUGUUGGGAAGUGAAGUAGAAAAUUAGCAUACCAUGUUAACUGUUUGUUCAUGUUCUGUAUUCAUUUCUGCAGUUAAUUAUUUUAUUUCCAAAUCUUCAGUAAAACUUGAUAGUAGAGGAAAAAAUGCAUACAGAGUUGAAGUGAUAUUAAUAUAAAGGAAAUGCUGCUUAUUUUAAAGUGUCUUGAACUGAGUGGCAAAUGUGAACGCAGAUUAAAUAAUGACAGCUUGUUUUUAAAAAGAAUCCAGUUAAAGUAAUAAAAUGCAAUAUAGUAUUAAUGUUUUUUCAGUUAAGGGGAUCAAUUACUGUAAGUUGUACAUGAAAAUAUUAAUGUGCAUUUCAAACACUUUUGUGCAUUAUCAAGUAUAAUACAAUAAAUGUUCCUUACAAAACAUCCUUGGUAAAACUUAGAAAAGAAAGUAGUUACACUGAUGUUUGGUUUUGUUAUUUAAAGUGAGCUUCUUUUGUGGGUUUUUUGUUUUUUGUUUUUUUUAACAUGCCCCUGGAAGUUGUGGGUGUAUAGACAUACUCAAGUUCUCAUUUGAUUGUUCCUGGCAGAACUUGAGCAGCUUAAAGCCAACAUCAAAACAUUUAUAUGAAAGUAGUUUUUCCAUCUCUUACAAAUGAAUCAGUACAAUGUCUGUCUAUAUGCCUCCCAAGACACUUGCUAUAACAUCAGUACAACUUCACAGAGCAUAGUAUUUUUCAGGCUGAAUUGUAGGCCUUGUUAUCUUAAACAUAGUUGUGUUAAGCCACUCCUAAUAUAAUAUCUUAAAAAUAUGGAUGAAUUUCAUUAGUGGUAAGCUUGCCUUGAAUUAACAUGGUGAAAAGCAUUCCAGUAAGGAUCUGAAAUUGUUGUUUUCAUCUGGUAGCUAAAUAAUAAACACUUUGAUAGCCUAGAUAAUUAAAUAACCAUUGCUGUGUCUCAAUGGGGCUUUUUAAAUCUAUUAGUAUAGUUUCCUCAUUCAAUUUUUUUUUUAACAGUUGAAAUUCCUACUUCUGGAAGAAAAAAUAUGGAAAUGAUGAAGUGGAACCAAGUAAUAUUUUGUUCCCAUCGGAUGCUGUCAGCUUUCAUUUUACUUCUGAACUUGGUAGAAACUUCUGUUGUAGUUCGAAUGUCAGCUACUUAACUCAACCUACUUAAUUCUUGUUCUGGCUCAGCCCUGCUUUAAGUGCUUGAACUUUCUCCAUUGUAUCAAAACCCUCAAAAAGAGGUGUGGGUAUAUGUGUGACCAAAAAUCAUAGUUUUCCACUGUUGCGAAAGUAUAGAUAGUGUAGUUAUCUAUACUGUAGAUAAGAACAUGAUCACAACAGCUUUAGUUUGUUCUUGUUGUCUUAAAUAGUAUAGAUGAGUUUGAAGAUUGCUUAAGCCUAUGUGUAAGGUGAUGAAGUGGGGUAAGUAAGGCCCUUUUCUAAUGCUUACUCUAUAGUAGACUAUUCAAUACAAACUACAGCUGGCACAUGAAAACUAUUAAGAACAUACUAAUUGUUGUAUUUAAACAUUAUGAAGCUGAAAACAUGGUUUUAUCUGAAGAGGGAAAAGGAUUGCAGUGGAUAAAAUAGAAACCAGGAGAAAAUAAGAAUCACUUUAAUGUACUGGUCAAUUUUGACUGUAAGCUCUUAUUUGGGCUGUAUCUGCCCACUUUAUUACAGUAUGUUAAUGUAAUUAUUUUUCUUAGAGUUACAAUAAUAAUCCUUACUUACAGAUGUCACAAACUGCACCUGUACUGUGAUCAUAAAUAAAAUCUUCAUUCUUUCUACUGGAGAGCAUUUAUGUGGA